UGCUUUAGAACAAUUUGAAUUAGCAUUAAAAAUUAUGGAAGAUUUUCCACGAGAAGAAACUGAUAGAAUUGAAAACUUAGAAAAGUAUAUAAUUGAAACAAAAAAAAAGUUAUGUCGACCAUAA